CAACAGCGUACAUUCCCACAGCGCCUCCGUAGAUGGCGUUAGUUCCAUUGAGGCCGCUGAGGUCCAGGUCGCUAUAAGAAGGACCUUGUCCAAAGGCACAGUGAGGGGUAGGGAUCGAGUCGCGCCUAGAGCGCUGUGGUUCGUGCUCCCAAUCCGAGAGGAGCGGCGGGUGGGUCCGGGUCGGACUAGAAUCGUUUCUCAGGCCUCGGCCCGGACCCAAUCUUGACUUCCUUAAAGCCUACAGUAGCCGAACCGCUGCCGCAAGGGCCGCUGGGAAGUUGAGUCCGGACGAGAGCCUGCCGCCGCGGGUUCGCGACUGCGCACGCGCAUCCGCAGACUGGGGGACUAAAGAGUCAGCUGGAAAGCAGGGGGUUUCUGAAGAAGGAUCUUCUCAAACAGAGCUAAUGGAAAGACCCCCAAGGGACAUUUCCUUGGACUCCAAAGUAGGAGAAGCCGGGAGGGAAAAGAGAGGAAAGCAAGAGACCCACUUAAGGGUCCCAGAAGCCGCAACUGAGGACAGUGGCCAUGAAUACGAUGAGAGCAAGAACCCCCUAAGUACAAAGGCAGUCCUGGUUCCGAGAGUUAGAGUUCCCAUGGAACUGAGGCCCCCAGAGCCUGAUUCCCACGGGAAGAAUGCAAAACAGAAUUCAAACCCAGUCAAACCAGAGGGAAUUUGUGAAGAGAACAAGCCGUGGAAGUGUACUGAAUGCGGGAAAGCCUUCAACUACUGCUCGGCCUUCAUCCUUCACCAGAGAGUUCACACCGGGGAGAAGCCCUAUGCGUGUAAUGAGUGUGGGAAGGCCUUCAGCCAGAGCAUACACCUCACCCUGCACCAGAGGAUCCACACAGGGGAGAAGCCCUACGAGUGCAACGAGUGUGGGAAAGCCUUCAGCCAGGGUUCCUAUCUGAUUUCACAUUGGAAAACCCACACUGGAGAGAAACCCUACAAGUGUAAUCAGUGUGGGAAAGCCUUCACCAGAAUUUCACACCUUACACAGCAUCAAAGAACCCACACUGGGGAGAAGCCCUACAAAUGCAACGAGUGUGGAAAGUCUUUUAGGAAUCGCUCCUCCCUGAUAGAACAUCAGAGAAUUCACACUGGAGAGAAACCCUACGAGUGUACCGAAUGUGAGAAGUCCUUUCGUUUCUCAUCAGCACUAAUUAGACACCAGCGAAUUCAUACAGAAGAAAAACCUUACAAAUGUAGUGAAUGUGGAAAAGCCUUUACCCAGAUUUCACACCUUACCCAACACCAAAGAAUUCACACUGGAGAGAAACCCUAUAAAUGUAAUGAGUGCGGCACAACCUUCAGUCAGAGUUCAUCCCUUAUUGAACAUCAGAGAAUUCACACAGGAGAGAAACCCUAUAAAUGCACUGAAUGUGGGAAAGCUUUCACUCAGAUUUCACAUCUUAUUCAGCAUCAAAGGAUUCACACUGGAGAGAAACCCUAUAAAUGUACCGAGUGUGGGAAAGCCUUUAGUAAUCGCUCACACCUCAUUCAACAUCAUUUAAUUCAUACUGGAGAAAAACCUUACAAGUGUGUUGAAUGUGGGACAACUUUCAGUCACGGUUCAUCCCUUAUUGAACAUCAGAAAAUUCACACUGGAGAAAAACCCUAUAAAUGUAACGAAUGUGGGAAAGCCUUCAGCCAGGGCUCGUCCUUGACUCUCCAUCAGAGAACUCACACCGGGGAGAAACCCUAUAAAUGUAAUGACUGUGGGAAAUCGUUUAGUAACCGUUCCUACCUUAUUCAGCACCAUAUAAUCCACACUGGAGAAAAGCCCUAUGAAUGUAAUGAGUGUGGGAAGGCCUUCAGUUUCUCCUCAGCACUUAUUCGACACCAGAGGACACACGCUGAAGAGAAACCCUUUAAGUGUAGUGAGUGUGGGAAAGCCUACAGCCAGACUUUCCUCCUUACUCAGCAUCAGAGUAUUCAUGGUGAGGAAAAGCCAGGUUCACUUAACGACUGUGCCAAAAGCUUCAGCCCCAGCUCAGUGACUGUUGAACCUCAGUCAGUUUUAGGUGGAGAAAAGAUAUCAGCGUGAUUCGUUCAUCUGGCAGACGUUUAUUAGGUGCCAGGCACCUUGGGAGGCACUAGAUGGGGACGGGAAAACUCUACUUUGUCUUUUGUGAGUCAGUAUUUUCCGGCCUCUCUUGACUUAGAGCAGUAUUGAAUUGACUCUGGGAUAUCACAGAGAUAAAUAAGUUCCAGAGCACAGGACCACUAUGGGUGGUGGGGAGUUCACGGGGCAUCUUAGAAACUCUUCUGGGAGGAGACGGCUCCAAAUAAUCGAUCAGAUUCUUAACUUGGUAGAGUUACUUUCCUUUGAGAAAUCAGGGAAGGCAGAGUGAACUGAGCUGAACUGGGCCGAUCGGAGAAUCACGGCUUGGACUGAGGGAAGGCCCCGGGGAGACUGAGCUGGGCUUGCUGGAGCUCUGACUUGUCUCUUCAGGUGGGAUGUUUUCCCAUAAAUAGACAUUUCUUUAUUAAAGCACUGGUAAGACGUGGAAGGCAGAAGAUUUGCAGUGGACACAAAGGAAGGAGGAGAGCGGAUCCUGCCAGUCUCAAAAAUCAAGCAGCAAAUGGUGGUUGGGUAGGUUCGGGCUCCAGCCCCAGCUAGAACAUUAGUUGUGUGGCCACUUUGGGGCUCCAUGUCCUCACCUUGCCCUGCCUACCUCACAGGGCUGUUGUGAGGAAAUGUCCCACAAAAGGUAAAGUGCAGGAUAAAUGGAAACCGUGAGGGUGAGUGUCCUUCUGUUGAGAAUCUGAAAGGUUCCACUGUGGGCCAGGUUCAGAAUGGGGCAGCCACAGGUGGGCAGUGCCAGUGAUGUAACCGCCCUUAGGUCUUCGAUGAGCCCUGCCUGAGAGAUCCCAGGAGCUGGGCGUGUCAUGUGGCCCAGAGAAAGGCCCGAAGGACUGUGGCCCAUCAGUCCAAGGGCCAAUGACUGACUCACGGGCCGUCCUCCCAGGGCCGCCCCUUCUGUAGCGUUGCCAGAGAAAGUGGGAAGGGUAAAGGAAAGUGGACCCGGAGCCCUCGUUUUUAAUCUUCCCCCAAAACUCAUAACAGCUGAGAGUUUCUGCUCACGUCCACGUUGGUCCGGAGGCCCUGUGCUGCCCUACCCUCCGGGGCUCCCUGGGCAUCCCCUUGUGUCCUCUGUCAUUUGCUGAGUGACCCAGGAAGAGUACCCCCAGUCACUCAGCUUGUCCUCCGAGGGGCUGUGGGGCACCCAGAUUGAGGGUGGAGGCCCUGGGGAUCGCUCUGCCAGUGAGCUGUGGCAAGAGCUCAGGAGGGCCAGAUAGGCCAGAUUGAGCUCAGGAGUUGCUUCCAUGAUCCAGACUGUAGACACCACCAGACAAGACUUUAGGGAGGGUAGGCAGGCGGGAGGGAGGAGGGAAACGCCUCUCCCAUGGGUACUUGCUUCUCGGGAGCCAGAGGAAUCCCCCUACCACCACACACACACACAUAGGGUAGCUCGCUUCUCGGCAGCCCCUGGUCUUCCUGUGAGCCCACCGUAGGAGCAGCACCCUCAUUGCCGGGAGUGCUUGCCCAAAGAGGAAGGGACUUUCUGGCUUCGGCCCUUGUUCUGGGCUGAAGCCUCCCAUGAUGGACAGGUAGGUAGCCCCUCACCAGUGCCUAUAGUUCUCCCGAGUUCAGGAAGGUCAGAGCUGGAAGAGCCCGGUCCAUCCUCAGGAUCCCCAGGUUUAAGGUGAGAGGAUCUUCCCAGACUUGGGCUGGCCUGUGACCAUGGGCCCUCAUCCAAGUGUGUGCACCCUCCUUGCCAGGAAGCUCCUCGGAGCCCGGAGAGAUGAGGGGAAGGAUGACUAGGCUGGCUGGAGCAGGAGCCCCGGGGGCAAAUGCUUACCCUUUGUCUUGUGGGGGAGGCCUCGGGGGCCAAGUCGGCUGUGGAAGAUGUCAGACUUCCCUACCCUCCCUGGCCCAUCUUUUUAAGGAAGGAGAAACUAAGGAAGCUCAGCUCACUAAAGCUUAAAAAGUGAAAAAUGGAUUGAGCAGGCUGCAGAGGCCUAGGAGGACAGGUUAUGGGGGCUGAGACCCCUGAAAAAAGCACUGUUCGGCUCCAGUCGGGGCCUCCAGUGGAGGCCCAUGGGGGUGGAAUAGUGGCUGCUCUAGUUCUUUCCAGGAAGGGAUGGCCGGCUCACUCCUGAUGAGUGAUGGUGGGACUGGGGCUUAGUGCCCCUCCAAAACCAUUGGAAGGGGGUGGAGGGAGAGAAGGACAAUAUUAUCCACAAAGAUUAAGUCGUUAAUUAUCUAACCAUGCUUUGUAAUGUGCUGUCCAGGAGGGAUGAUGUUUGGCUCCCAAGUACAUGUGCCUUUUAUCCAUGUAGGGUUAGCACAAAUGGUGGGAGCGGAGGUAAUGUAUGCAUGGGGAGGGGCAGGAAUAUGAUCACACAAGACACAGAAAAACCAAUGAGGUUCUGAAGUCAAAAUAAGGUUAGAUUAGCUGAUCUCCCAGGCUCCUUUGCAGCUUCUAAAUGUCUGUGAAAUUAGAGAGAGUUGGGAUUAGAGCUGAAUUGUGAUAUGGACAAAAUCAAAUGAGCAAAAACUGGCACGGGUGCAUUUCUAUGAUUUGCUAGAAAAAGCAAACUUUAUUUCACUGUUCUGUACAUGACUUAAGUUUCACUUUAAUGAAAAAUUAAAUAAACCAUUUUGGAAAUGGUCA